AAAGUCCAACAUGGGCGGCUCCCCCAAGCCAGCAGUUGACAACAUCAGAAAUAUCCUGGGCAUCAGUUGGAACAGAAACGACUACCUGGACAUCUAUGCAAUUGGGGUGGGCAAGCUGGAUGUGGAUUGGAAAGAACUGAAUGAGCUUGGGUCCAAGAAGGACGGCGAGAGGCACGCCUUCAUCCUGCAGGAUGCAAAGGCCGUGCAACAGGUCUUUGAGCACAUGCUGGAUGUCUCUAAGCUCACAGAUACCAUCUGUGGGGUGGGGAACAUGUCUGCCAAUGCCUCUAACCAGGAGAGGACACCUUGGCAAGUCACCUUUAAGCCGAAAAACAAGGAGACUUGCCAGGGGUCACUCAUCUCUGACCAGUGGGUGCUGACAGCAGCUCACUGCUUCCAUGACACUCAGAUGGAGGAUAGCCACCUGUGGAGGGUCAGUGUGGGGGAUCCCACUUCUCAGCAUGGCAAAGAAUUCCUUGUGGAGAAGGUGUUAAUUCCCCCAGGGUUUAAUGUCCAUGCAAAACAGAACCAGAACAUCUCAGAGUUCUACGGUGACGACAUCGCUUUGAUGAAGCUGUCUCAGAAAGUGAAAAUGUCUACCCAUGCCAGGCCCAUCUGCCUUCCUUGCACUGUGGGAGCCAACAUGGCUCUGCGGAGAUCCCCAGGUAGUACCUGCAAAGACCAUGAGACAGAACUUCUGUCACAGCAGAAAGUUCCUGCACAUUUUGUAGCUUUGAACGGGAACAGACUGAACAUCAGCCUCAAGACAGGACCCGAGUGGACGAGCUGUAUCAAGGCGGUCUCCCAAAACAAACACAUCUUCCCCAGCUUGACAAACAUUAGCGAGGUGGUGACAGACCAGUUCCUGUGCAGCGGGAUGGAGGAGGAUGCUAAUCCUUGUAAAGGAGAAUCUGGAGGAGCGGUUUUCCUUGAGCGGAGAUACAGGUCUUUCCAGGUGGGCCUGGUGAGUUGGGGUCUUUACGACCCUUGUCAAGGUUUCUCCAACAAAAACCUGCGCAGGAAACCCCCACACGGUGUUCAGCCGAGGGACUUCCACAUAAAUCUCUUCCGCCUACAGCCCUGGCUGAGGCAGCACCUGGAUGGUGUCCUGAACUUUUUGCCCCUUUAGCAUGGUCACUGACUCUCUCAUCUGUCCUUCCUGUCUACUACCUCUGAGUGUUCUCGCUCCUGGGUCCAUAAAUCCUGGGCCUAGGAACCCAGAGACAGUGGCAAAAGCUAGGGAAUCCCCGGGGUUGUGCCAGGACCACUGUGCUACCCAUGAAGCAAGUCUCUCUCUAGCGUGGCUGACCUGUGCUCCUUUCGCUUUCACAUGGAAUUUCCAAGUUAUGAAAUUAAUAAAAAUCGGUGAUUUCCACA